GUAUAGAAGAGUAAGUAUCAAAAAAUAAACUUUUAUUACUGUCACAUCAUUGUGAAAAAUGAUUCGAUGCGUCAACCAGGAUGACAAGCUUUUUAACGUUAGUUGUCUGUAUCCGGUCGUACUGAUAUAACCGAGCUACUUUCUAGUGGAAGGGAUUUGAUAACAAUGUUCGAAUCUAAUAAUUUUUAUCAGCUAAAAAUAAAACUCAUCUUCAGAGCAUUCACUCGUAAAUAUUUUCGAGUUGUUCAGUAUCACGUAAAUACUAGAUUGUGAAAGCGAAAUAAAAUUAUUAAAUUUUUCGUCGCAAUUACAAACAAUGGGGCCCACUAGACUGUUAAUUAUAGUCUUGUUAAAUAUUGUUAUUUGUAAUUCACUUGAAGAAUGGAAUGGUUCAUCAGUUUGUCGAAAAACUGUCAGCAAACAAGUAUCGCGAUACGUGCCAUACAUCGAGACCUACACAAAACGAAUAAUAUUUUUCAAAAAAACAUCAACGAGAUACAAUUACCGGUGGCAGUACCAUACAGAAUGGUUCGUUGAAGAAACUUGCUGUGCAGGUUACACAGAAGAGGACAAUUUGUGUCGACCAAUUUGCAAUGGGGGCUGUCCAAACGGGCUCUGUGUACGUCCUCGCGAGUGCUCUUGUGAUGUAGGAUACACACUUGUAAUUACCAGCAGUGGCCAAACAUGCGAGCCACACUGUCCGUUGGGUUGCACCAUGGGCACAUGUACAUCUCCAAACACCUGCACCUGCAACCACGGCCAUGAAUUAGCCGAUAAUGGACAUACAUGCGUGCCUUCUUGUACAACACCAAAAUGUGGUCUUUUCAGCCAGUGCGUUUCGCCCAACGAGUGUGUCUGUGAUCAUGGAUACGAAAAAGUAUUAAAUUCAACGAUUGAAUUUCAGUGCCAGCCAAUUUGUAAUCCCGAAUGUGGAAAUCACAGUUAUUGCCGUUCACCAAAUGACUGUGCCUGUAAUCCGGGCUUCGGAAUUCCGCCAACCGAAGAGUUCUCAUCAACGGAGGCCUACUCUAAACCAUUGACAUGUGUACCAGAAUGUUCUCCAGCCUGUGGAGCUUACAGCUUUUGUAUUGCUCCCAAUAAAUGCGAGUGUCAAUCAGGCUACGCGUCAUCAAACAACUUGACUGAAUACGACAGCGAAUCAAUGACACAGUGUUAUCCAGUGUGUGUACCAUCGUGUGGCCCUCAUGGUAUCUGCGAGUCUCCGAACAAGUGUCGCUGUAACCCAGGGUUCAAUUUAAUAAUCGAACGUAACACCACAACAGCAGAGAUGACAUCGGUAACAUGCGAACCUAUUUGCGAUCCCCCAUGUGGAAUCCGUGGAGACUGUAUCGCCAUCAACACAUGCUCCUGUGACGUAGGAUGGAAAGUGAUGGUUACCAAGCUUGAUGACAAAAUUGACCGCUACUGCACACCGCAGUGUGAUCGACCUUGCGGUGAGUUUUCGACCUGCAUCAAAACCGAUGUGUGCGAAUGUCACCCGGGUUACGAAAUAAUUCCCACAGACCAUGACCAUUUAAAUCCUCAAGAACCUAUCAAUUGUCGGGCCACAUGUGAAAAACCUUGUAUCAACGGGAUCUGCGCUUACCCAAACGUGUGUACAUGCAAUGAUGGUUAUAGCCUAGACACCAAUGAUGCUUAUAACUGCGAGCCGAUUUGUGGAUCAGAAGGCUGUACUAAUGGAAUAUGUUCAGCUCCUGGACAGUGCACAUGCGACAAAGGCUACAGAUUGAGUAAUCAUUCACCGUGGUUUUGUGAUCCCGUAUGUGACAAUUGCAUAAACGGAGCUUGUAUCGCUCCCAACGAAUGUAUCUGCAAUGUGGGCUACGAGAAAAACGAAGCUGGUCAAUGCGUUCCCAGUUGCUACGGCCGUUGCGUCAAUGGAAGUUGCAUUGCGCCCAAUAAAUGUCAAUGCAAUCCAGGCUUCACUCCUAACAUUGACAGUGAUAAUUUAGAAAGUAUUUUAUCGAUGUGUGUACCUUUUUGCAUGUCCAAUUGUACAAAUGGCACGUGCACAUCACCGAAUGUCUGCACAUGUAUCGAAGGAUACGAGAAAAAUAAUAAAGACGAAUGUGUGCCGAGUUGUGAUGGACGUUGCAAUUUUGGACAUUGUGUAGCGCCGGGUCAGUGCAAUUGCUAUUCCGGUUACGUCUCGGUAGAUGAUCUCAACAGCAUGUGUCAGCCAUACUGCAAAGACGGAUGCAUUAAUAGUCUGUGUGUCAGCCCUGAUACAUGUCAGUGCGACUCGGGUUACGUAACUAGUAAUAUUAAUGCAAGUUAUUGUGAACCUGUUUGUGAGAAUGGCUGUUCUCAUGGUGACUGCAUUGGACCGAAUGAUUGCCAGUGCCAUGAAGGCUACGUACGAAAAAAACUAGACAAUGGAACAGAAUCUGCUGUCGUCGAAAAUGGAAGCGUCGGUGGUGAAGAGUUUGGCGGCUGUGUCAAUCCCUGCGAAGGUGGAUGUGGAUCCCAUGGGAUUUGCAAUGUCGAGAACCGGACGUGCGACUGUUUUUACGGGUGGACUGGCCAAAACUGUGGCUCUGCCUCGCUCUGCGGGAUUAUCCGCAACGAUGGCGACGAGGAUUUACUUCAAUGGAUCACUGAUAGGAAUGGGACAACUAACGACACCGUCGGGGAUUUUGAGGCCGUAAACUGGCACGGACCGACUUGCAACGAAAACUGUAUCUUGACUAGUGCCAGUAGUAACGACACCGGAUGCUUUCGUCUACUUGCGUCCGACAACGACGUCGUCGACGACGUCUACAAAGAUCAACGAUACGACAACAGUCAUGUCUACGUCUGCUUUCUCGAUAUCGCUUCAUCGUGCAACGCUUCAGGUCUUCAGUUGAGCAAUCUAGUUCUCUCGAGCACACUAGGUGCGAUAGUCGUCAUAAUUGCAAUUGUCGGAGUCGCGGGGACAAUUUUCUUGGUGGUAAAACGACGUAGACAUCGGAAUUUCUUGGCAAGUCUAACGAACAGUGACAACCUGUUGGGACAGUCAUCCGAAGGCAUAGAUUCGCUGAUAUACCACGACGUGCAUUUGUAGUCGAGGCAUUUAGUGAGUGAGUGAGUGAGUAAGAGAGUUCUUGGAUAAUUUUAUAUCAAACUUGUGUAUGCAUGGCUGAAAAAAAUUAAUGAAAAUUUCUCGAUUAAGAAGUGAAAAAUCAGGCGAUCGUCAAUCUUUAUAUUCUUCAUUUUUUUACGUAUUUUGUAAAUUUUAUUUUUAUAAACUUUUUUUUUCAAUAAAGUAGUUUGCAAUAUUUUUUAAAAUAAAUGAAAAUAUAAUCUAUAUUAUUAAAAAUAUGAUCUUGGUCUCCAAAAGUAAAAAUAUUUAGUAUUAAAAAUAAAAUUUCAGAGUAAAUACAAAAAGCACAAACCGUAAAAGCUUACAAUAUUAAAUACGCUUGCGGGAGACUUUUCUCACUGCACUGUACAGACAAGCCACUUGGAAAUCAAGAUGAAUAAUAAAAAAAAAAUAACCUCCGCUACGGUAGCGGUAAUUGGUGGCAUUUAUUCUUUGCAUUAAUUAGUAAACGCGUGAUAGCUUAAACUUUAACUCCGUCGUUUUGUAAUUCUUGUAUAAGCAACUUAGAAAGCACGACAUUUCUCUCGACAUUUUCCGUACUCAUUAAACUCGCUGUGUACUCUAUACAUAUCCACUGUGCACAAAAAAAGAUAAGGAAAUAUUUUUCGUCUUUAUCUUGACCACGGAAGUUGCCUUUUUUAUUAUCAUCUCUUUUAUAUUAUUAUUAUUUUUUACUUUUCGAAAAAGAUUGCAUAUUCCCUCUUUCAUCUCUUCUUAGAAACCCUACCCACAGACCUCAUUCUAUCUCAUCUCAUUCUCUCGUCUUUACCCGAAAAUCUACGACACUUAAAAAGUUUCUAUAUGUACCUCCUUCCCUCCCCCUUCACCCGAAACCGCCAUUAAACUCUAAAAACUAGUGCCAUUACAUUUGUAAGCGACUUUACUCAGUUAAAAUAUUAUCCACAGAAUUAUUGCCAUAGUAAAAUUAUUUUUUUUUUAUCCAUUAUUAAAAAAUAUUAAAAAAUUU